AUGCGCCUGGGAGAGAGGGUGAGGAGGUGGAAGGAAGUGGGAGAGGGGGGGUUAGGUGGAGGAGAGAAGCAAGAGAGUGAGAUGGUGGGCGGAGGCAGUGGUGGGCGGAGGCAGUGGUGGGCGGAGGCAGUGGUGGGCGGAGGCAGUGGUGGGCGGAGGCAGUGGUGGGCGGAGGCAGUGGUGGGCGGAGGCAGUGGUGGGCGGAGGCAGUGGUGGGCGGAGGCAGUGGUGGGCGGAGGCAGUGGUGGGCGGAGGCAGUGGUGGGCGGAGGCAGUGGUGGGCGGAGGCAGUGGUGGGCGGAGGCAGUGGUGGGCGGAGGCAGUGGUGGGCGGAGGCAGUGGUGGGCGGAGGCAGUGGUGGGCGGAGGCAGUGGUGGGCGGAGGCAGUGGUGGGCGGAGGCAGUGGUGGGCGGAGGCAGUGGUGGGCGGAGGCAGUGGUGGGCGGAGGCAGUGGUGGGCGGAGGCAGUGGUGGGCGGAGGCAGUGGUGGGCGGAGGCAGUGGUGGGCGGAGGCAGUGGUGGGCGGAGGCAGUGGUGGGCGGAGGCAGUGGUGGGCGGAGGCAGUGGUGGGCGGAGGCAGUGGUGGGCGGAGGCAGUGGUGGGCGGAGGCAGUGGUGGGCGGAGGCAGUGGUGGGCGGAGGCAGUGGUGGGCGGAGGCAGUGGUGGGCGGAGGCAGUGGUGGGCGGAGGCAGUGGUGGGCGGAGGCAGUGGUGGGCGGAGGCAGUGGUGGGCGGAGGCAGUGGUGGGCGGAGGCAGUGGUGGGCAACGCAAGCGAGUGGGUGGGUGGGUGGGUUGCAGGCUCGGCGCUGCCGGACGUGGCAUGGGCGAGGGUGGCGGUUGACGAACCUGAGGGGCGGCAGGUUGGGAAGUUGAGGGGUGGGGGAGAGAAGGACAGAGGGACUUGGGGGUCUGGGGCUGGUAAGAAGGUGAGGGUGGGGAGGAAAGGUAUACACAUAGCAACACACCCAGAACCUCACAGCACCUCACAGAACCUCGCAGCACCCAGGCGCACACCGUCUCACCGCCAUAUAUGGCGUCGGAAUACACGCGCCACGCGUCCAUCGCGCCCUGCGCGCCGCCCUGAGCGCCCUCUUCUCCCCGCGCGCCCUGCUCGCCCCGCGCGCCCGCCCUCGCGAAGUGGAACAGCACGCGCUCGCUGGGCGGCUGCAGCUCCUCCACCCGCCAUGCCACCGCUGGGCGCCGGCAGGGACGGCAGGGUGGAGAGGGGUGGAGAGCGAUGA